AUGUCCUCUCAAUCCCAGAUACCUGGAUCUGACUUUCGUCCGCCGGAAUCUGCACAGCCUCGCAAGUCACUAUUUGGUGGACCCAGCAGUGAUGUUAUCCAACCAUCCUCUCCACCAGCGCCGGCGAGACAGUUACUCUUUGGGGAGCCAGCCAGCCAAGAUGCUCUUUCACAAUCCAUCAAAAUGGAUGAACCUAUGGACGAGGAGGCUGACGAAUCCGAAAAUGAGUUCAAUAUGAUCAUGCGAGAACGGCCGUUGGAGGCGCAUUAUGGCUCCGAUGGAGACAGUUUCCACGGAAGUGGUGAUGAUCAGAAAGCUCCAAUGCCAAGAAGAUCCAGGCUUUCUCAAAUAGAAGCCUCAAGUCAACCGACAAUUACGGAGCCUGCAGAGCCGAUUUACUACUACACUGUAGACCGAGGUCUUGACCUUCGGUCUGGGAUUAAGCGGCCAAAUAUCUUCACUGGGCACUCAUCUACAUGGCGAAACUACAAUGCAGACGACAUCGGUGCAUAUGAAGCCAUGCUUAAUAACAGAUCAAGAGAUCUGGCAGCUCAUCUGUACAAUGCCCACGCGAUUCGCAGGCGAACGCGGGUCACUUCGAAGAAAACAAGCGUCGAUAAUGAGUUAAGAUUUGCCAUUCCUCGGCGAUGGACGGCAUGGCCUUUGCCUUCUGCUCAUGUUCCUAGACUUGAUGAUAUUAUCAAGGACAAACUGGAUGACCCUGGGAAUAUGCGGAUGGAACCUGAUCCCCGUCCGAGUGCCGAUCUGGAAGAAAUAAUCACGGCCACCAUGUCGAAGACGGCCAAGGAGAAAUUCCGGGCCCGGGAGUGGGACUAUGAAGAAAUCAGAAAUGACAGCAAGAAAAUCCUCGACGGAGAUGAAAUUAUGCAGGACGAUAUUUUGGAGAAGGAAGAAUAUGACGAUGAUGAGUCUAUCGAUACCACCUUUUUGGAGCCAAUAGUUCAACUGGACGACGACAAAUCUUCCCAGAAAUUGCGUCCAUUGGCACGCAAUGUCAUGACCCAGUUAGACCGGCUUCUAAUGGGGCUUCAUUAUUCUAUGAAAGGGCGUAUGCUGGAAGAUAUUUCCGGAGAUGAACAGCCGUCUGACACAGACGACGAAGGCCUUCCAAGAACAACCAGGAGUCAAUCCCGUGGAAGGAAACGCACUCGACGAGGCUCUUCCCAAAAAGAAACGCCUCAUCGUUCCACCAGCGCCGGAUUGUUCUCUAGAUUAGACACCGAUGAUGAGAGCUUGCCAGAUGCACCUCGCUCACGAGAUCAGUCUCGUGCCACGCUCGCAAGCCAGGAUCAGGAAGAGGGCUCUUUCUUCAAGGGCAGACUCAAAUUGCGUGACUGGAGUGAAGUGAUGGGCCUCGCAUCCAUAAUGGGAUUUCCCUCUGAUGUGGUAAUGCGCACCUCGAAACGAUGUGCAGAUCUCUUUGGCGAAGACCUAGAAUUCAGAACACUGCCCGAAGGCCGCGUCCGGAAGAAGCAGAAAGCGGAUGGCCGGGAGGAAUAUGCCUACACCGAAAGCGAGAGCGAGAGUAAUAGUGACCGUGACUCGGCACCACCAAGCCCGCAACUCCUUUCCAACUCCACGCGAAAGGUUUAUCCCAAGAACAAUCCAAAAGCCAAUCAAAAACCCAAGUCCAAGGGAAAGGCCUCAUCCUCACGACGAAAACCACGCCAAACUCCCGCUAUCGUCCCAUCCUCCUCAUCAUCUGCAUCACCAGAGCCUUCGAAUGCGCCCUCGAGACCUUCAUCGAGACCCGCAUCAAGACCUGUCUCGGAGAACAGAGAACAAGGAGUAGAAAGAGAAUCAAGACCAGCACGACCAGGUGUUGGCAAAGGACCUCACCGAAAAGUGGACAUCCUCUGCCCUUUCAAGGAAUGUCCUCGAAAUUCGAAUGGAUUCUCACGCAAAUGGAAUCUUAAUCAGCAUAUGAAGAAGACACAUGGUAUGACUGUGAACGAUACUUCGAAUCAGCGUGGUGUUAGUGGCCCGGAUGAUGAGACGGCUAUUAUGCUUGAUUAA